UGACACGAAUAAUAAAUCCUUCUCGUACGGCCAAUCGCAUUACGAUCCUUUUAAUGGCUCGUUCGAACGGAGAUGCGGUAAGAAGGAACUUUGUACACUCGUUUGUUCCAUUAUUAUUACUAUCCGUUCUUCCCCACCUACGCAAGUCGUAUCGUUCUGAAAUAUAUUCUACUAUAUAUAUUCGAGGAGUCGCUCGCGCCAUACGAAACCUCCACUCCCAUUGGCCGUUGAAAUCUGGCGCGUGGUUUAUCGACGAAUCCCUGCGUAGGUAAAAUAAUUCAAUUAUACGAUGUAUAUCGCCGGAGUUCUUUCGAACAAUGCAUUUGCAAAAACCCAUCCAACAAUGUUGUUUAGAACAACAUUUUCUUUGACGGAAACGUCAAACGAUUCUAUGAAAUUUCUCGCGACAAAAUUCGCGUGUCUCGAUCGUUUGAUCGAUUUCGUGCAGUAAAACGUGCCAACGAGCUUUUGGCAUGCGAGGUUAAGCGAAUAAUCGCACGAUUAGAUCGCAUAAAGUCGUUAACGAGUUCUUUCCUCGCCGAUGCGCAUCUCAAGGUAUCUCGCCUAUAUAUAUGUAUGUAUAUAUAUAUAUAUAUAUAUAUAUACACGAAUGUACAUAUGCGUGCGCGUAUAGAUGGUUCGUAUCAGAGGCGUACGAAAGGCGUUUACAGUCAGAGCUGGAGUAAAUUCGGGAUGAUGACUCAAACGUCGAAAGAGAUCGAAAAUGCUGACAAUUUUUGAUCGGCGCAGUCGACGCGUGGUCUUUAUUGUUGGUCGGUCACACGUAUCAAAGUUCUGCGUCAAUUCCGUGACAACGAGGAGAAGGAACGUAUAACGGUCGAUAACGACGAUGCGGUUUAAAAGGGGGCCGACGUGGCAGCGGCACGUAUUUUCGUCCACGAAAUGCCAAGAAGACGACGAGUCGAGAGCGCAUAGCGAUCACCGGAUGUUAUCAACGUAUAUAUACACAUAUAUAUAUAUAUGUAUAUGUAUAUGUAUAUGUAUAUGUAUAUGUAUAUGUAUAUGUAUAUACGUUGCUCGCGAAAGUAACUCGAUCGGUGCGAAUUCUCCGACGUACGAACGCGUGUACGUACGAUACGUCUAUGCGUAUAGUCGCUUGGUAUACUUUAUGGAAGUAUAAACCGCGAUAUCGGACGCUUCAAGUUAAUAAAAUAUCAUAUGCGUAACUAUGUUCAUGUGUACGUACGCAUGGAUAUAAAAAAAAAUGCGUACGAGUAAAGUUCGAUAAAGAAAGGCUUAACGCGAAUGAAUAAAAUACACACGUGGACGGACGCGCGUCUCUCUUCCGUCGUUCUUCAAUCGGGUAUAGGUCAGUAGAGAUUUGGCAACGUCGCGAUGUAGCAGAGGCGGCGGCGGCGGCGGCGGCGGCGGCGGCAUAGAUUCCGCUCCGCAACCGCAACCGCACACCCGCCUGGCCGCCAUGAUGCCAAACGAAAUACGCCGUGCAACGGUUUCUCCGCAGUGACGCGUAAGCUACCGUCAACGUAGCAACACGGCCAUUUGCGGCAAGCGUUCCGUACAAUUCUAUUUAUUUUUUUUUCGUUAUUCAUCAAAUCAUUCAUCGUAGAAUUUUUAUCGAGCUAAUCCAGAGACCGCAUCUUCGACUCGUCCCCGAUCAAUCGUCGCGUUUUACUUUGAAAAACAGAACUAUCCAUUUUUGUCCUCUACGCGUAUUUCGCUCGCGUUUCGAUAUUAAGAGGAUUAUCGAGAGAAUCUAGCUUUUGAAUCGAUGAUCGUUGAGAGAAUUGACGAAAAGGAAGAGAGGGGAUAGAGUGACGGAGAAGAGAGAGAGAGAGAGAGAGAGAGAGAGAGAGAGAGAGAGAGAGAGAGAAGGGGGCGGGGGGCAGAGAGAGAUAUAUUUGAAAAUAUACAACAUGUUUGACACGGAAAGAUUUAUCGAGGAGAUCGAGAAAAGGCCGGCGAUCUACGAUGUGAAUCGUAGCGAGUACAACGACCGUAACGCCAAGAUGAGCGCGUGGGAAGAGGUUUGUCAGGUGAUGGUACCAAACUGGACGCGUUUGUCGGACGAGGAGAGAAACAUGGAAGAUUAUAUCACAUUCGCACCAAAAAAGAGCUUGCGAGGGAAGUGGAGAAAUAUACGAGACUAUUUCAUGAAAGAGUUCAAACUGCAGCUGCAAAAAUCCCUUAAACCGGACUCGGUACGCCGGAAGCGGAAAAAGUAUAUGUACUACGACCAACUGCUUUUUCUCAUGCCCACCGUUGAAAACAAGCUACGGAUUACGAAUGUGGCAGGAAAUCAAUGCAAAUCCGAGGAAAGCGAAGGCGAAGGCGACAAUCCGGUUAUAGAAGAAUCCGACGUUCCACUGGCCCACGCUGUUCCGUCUCUAACGACCGGCAGAGAAUAUGUGCAAACCGGUGCUUCUUUCAAAAUGUGUCCACGUUAUCCGAAGCAAUUGUGCGAAACGUCUUUGACGUCCUUCGAUAAUGAAAUUCAUGAUAUCCUAUCGUCGCACAGCGGUCAACGUGUAGCGAUCGACGAGGAAGAUUACGACAAAAUGUUUCUCUUGUCUUUAUUACCGACCAUCAGGCAAAUACCCGAGGAGAAAAAGUUAGACGUUAGAAUACAAAUGCAGCAAGUAUUGGCUUCGGCCCUACGUCCACCCGACGAUAAAUAAUCGAUCAUUAAGAUUUUCAUUUGAUCGCAACGAACCGAUUGGAUCGACGACCGACAAAGAUUUUAAUUAUAUGCAAUUUCGUCGAACGAGUAUCGUCGAUCCUGUACCUCAAUAUUUUAGAUUAACGAGAAGAUUAUGCGUAAUGAAGCUAUAUGUUUGUGUGUGUAUAUAUAUAUAUAUAUAUAUAUAUAUAUAUAUGUAUAUAUAUAUGGCUAAUAUUAUUGAGAUGCCUUAUGUGCAGGGACGAGUACAAAUCAUAAGUACUGAUUUCUAAUUGUACCAAUUAUUAUUAAAGAGCAACGAUCACGUGGACUGUAAGAAUACUUCUAUCUGUGAUAUGGUCGUGUUACAUGUAGAGAUAAUAGAAUAUAAAGUGGAAUGGAUUUUCUUGAAACGAUAUGCUACACAGAAAGAAAUUAUAAAAUUAUUAAAAUAUCGUAUGAGCAGGGUAACCGUGUAAUGACGUAGAGACAUAUCCUGCUGUAUCUGAAAAUAUUUUAAAAUUAUAUAAUUAUAUAUUAAAAA